AUGGCUGAAUAUGCCGAGGAUCCAUUUCAAAUGGAUGAAGAGUUGCCGGUUUAUAAUGAGAGCACCUUGGUAACUCCGACAGAUCGUACACCGAAUGACGGUGAAAAUAAGGAUAACCAAGACAAGAGUAAGAAAAUGUUGAUUACCCCAAGGUAUACUGAUCCAAACAUAGUUAUUGACUCCAACAUAAUGCAGCAAGAUGAUGAGUUAAUACGAUCGAAGUUGAACGAAUUCAAAAUGGCACAAGAUGAUUCAACUACUUUAGUAUCGCCGGCACCAACUGAAAACGAAGAAAAAGAAGAAGAAGUAGCUUAUGAAGAAGAUUUAGAUGAUAAAUUUGAUGAGAAUCAAAAAACCAAAAUGGAGGAAGAUUAUAAAAAGUAUCAAGAAUCGUUGAGGAAACCAAGACUUUCAAUUAAUAAGGAUAUUAUACUAACACCACCAGAGAAUUUUGCUCCAGUUAUUAAUCAAAUUUAUCGAUCAUCAUUCCCACAACCUACAAAUUUUGCAUUUUUAACUAAAUUAAAAUUAAAAUCAGUUCUUUGUCUUAUUCCAGAAGAGUAUCCUGAAAUUCAUACUAAUUUCUUCCAAAAUGAAGGAAUCAAAUUAUUUCAGUUGGGCAUGUCAGGGAAUAAAGAGCCAUUUGUUAAAAUUCCUCAUGAUUUGAUCACAGAGGCAAUAAAAAUUGUAUUAGAUCCUAAAAACCAGCCAAUACUCAUUCAUUGCAAUCGAGGGAAACAUAGAACCGGUUGUUUGGUUGGAGUAUUAAGAAGAUUACAAAAAUGGUCAUUAACAAUAAUUUUUGAUGAAUAUAGAAAAUUUGCAGCUCCAAAGGAAAGACCAAUGGAUCAGCAAUUUAUAGAAUUAUAUGAUGAAACUGAACUACUAAAUUAUGCAGAAGAAAAUCAAUUAUUACCAUUAAAAUGGAAUUAUUAA